AUGAAUGCUGCAGUCCGUGCAGUAGUGCGCAUGGGGAUCUACGUGGAAGCCAAAGUCUAUUUUAUCUAUGAGGGCUACCAAGGCAUGGUUGAUGGAGGUGAAAAUAUUGUGGAAGUUACAUGGGAAAGUGUUUCGAGCAUCCUCCAAGUGGGAGGGACCGUGAUUGGCAGCGCCCGCUGCAAAGCUUUUCGGACCCGGGAGGGUCGCUUGAAGGCAGCCUGCAACUUGGUUAAGUGUGGAAUCACUAACCUUUGUGUGAUUGGUGGAGAUGGGAGCUUGACAGGCGCUAAUCUCUUCCGCGCGGAGUGGAGCGGACUGUUGGAGGAGCUGGCAAAGAAUGGUGAGAUAGAAGAAGAGGCUAAGAAUAAGUAUGCUUACCUCAACAUUGUGGGCAUGGUUGGUUCCAUUGACAACGAUUUCUGUGGUACUGACAUGACCAUUGGCACUGACUCAGCCUUGCACAGAAUCAUUGAGGUUGUGGAUGCCAUCAUGACCACUGCUCAAAGCCAUCAGAGGACCUUUGUCUUGGAGGUUAUGGGGAGACACUGUGGGUACUUGGCUCUAGUUAGUGCCUUAGCUUGCGGCGCAGAUUAUGUCUUUAUUCCUGAAUAUCCGCCAGAGGAAGGAUGGGAAGAGCACAUGUGCAGUAGGCUUUCUGAGAACCGUGCAAGGAAAAAAAGAUUGAAUAUUAUAAUUGUAGCAGAAGGUGCCAUUGACUCUCACAACAAAGCUAUUACUUCAGAACAAGUUAAGGAUCUUGUGGUGCAGCAACUAGGAUAUGACACUCGCGUGACUAUCCUCGGUCAUGUUCAAAGAGGAGGCACUCCUUCUGCUUUUGAUAGGAUUUUGGCAAGUCGCAUGGGGGUGGAGGCUGUUCUUGCUCUUCUGGAAGCCACACCUGAAACCCCGGCUUGUGUGGUGUCCCUGUCUGGAAAUCAAGCUGUUCGCCUGCCUUUGAUGGAGUGCGUGCAGAUGACUCAAGAUGUGCAAAAAGCCAUGGAUGAAAGAAGGUUCUCUGAAGCUGUCCAGCUCCGUGGAAGGAGUUUUCAGAACAACCUGAACACCUACAAGCUGUUGUCUACCAAAAAGCCAGCUGCUGAACUUCCCAAGUCGAACUUCAACGUAGCUGUUUUAAAUGUGGGCGCUCCAGCAGCGGGAAUGAAUGCCGCUGUACGCUCUGCCGUGCGAAUUGGCAUCACUGAAGGACACAGAAUGCUUGCGGUCACUGAUGGCUUUGAAGGCUUUUCUAGAGGGCUGAUCAAAGACAUUAGCUGGGGAGACGUUGGAGGUUGGACUGGCCAAGGAGGAUCAAUUCUCGGCACAAAACGGACACUCCCUGCAAAGUAUAUGGACAAGAUUGCAGAGCAGAUGAAGAAGCAUAACAUCAACGCUCUUAUGGUUAUUGGUGGUUUUGAGGCCUUUGAGAGCUGCUUGCAGUUAGCGGAAGCACGGGGCCGCUAUGAGGAGUUUUGCAUCCCUAUCUGUAUAGUGCCUGCCACUAUUAGCAACAAUGUCCCUGGCACUGACUUGAGUAUCGGUGCUGACACUUCCCUGAAUGCCAUUGUAGAGACCUGUGAUCGAAUUAAACUCUCCGCAAGUGGGACAAAGCGGCGCGUGUUCAUCAUCGAGACCAUGGGAGGCUACUGCGGCUACCUGGCGAAUAUGGGAGCCCUCGCUGCAGGAGCCGACGCUGCGUACAUUUUCGAAGAGAAGUUUGAUAUUCGGGAGCUUCAGGCCAACGUGGAACAUUUGACUGAAAAGAUGAAAACCAACAUUCAGCGUGGUUUAGUGCUGAGGAAUGAAAACUGCAACGAGAAUUACACAACGGACUUCAUUUACCAGCUGUACUCUGAGGAAGGAAAAGGAGUCUUUGACUGUAGAAAGAAUGUCUUGGGUCACAUGCAGCAGGGCGGCGCACCGUCCCCCUUUGAUAGAAAUUUUGGAACAAAAAUCUCGGCAAAAGCUGUGCUGUGGCUCUCUAAGAAGCUCCAGGAAAGCUAUCGAAGAGAUGAAGGGAGGAUAUUUGCCAACACUGAGGACUCUGUCUGUCUUCUGGGUAUGCGCCGGAGGAACCUGAUUUUCCAACCUGUGGCCCAACUGAAGGAAGAAACAGAUUUUGAGCACCGAAUUCCCAAGGAGCAGUGGUGGCUGAAGCUACGUCCCCUGAUGAAAAUUCUGGCCAAAUACAAGACGAGCUACGAUGUUUCAGAUUCAGGCCAGUUAGAGCAUGUGCACAGACCAGACCCCAUACAAGCCUGAAGCCAUGUUCCCAAGACCUCGUACUGUUAAAAGUUGUCAUAGCUCUCUAUUGUGUGUCUACAAGGCUUUAGAAUAUUUGUUACGGCUUCUUUUUUUUUUGUAACAUCUAAGUUAUUGUACCAGCACUUUAUGUGGAACAACAAAGCAGCCAUUGCCGAAGUUCUCUACCUGGUAUUUGUCUUAGGCCUGUUCAAAAUACACCAAACACACACACAGAAACCACCCCAGCGCCUACUUAACAGAGAAUAUCCAAAUUACCAAUGUGUUCCUUAACAGUAACCUGUCCAAAACUGGUUCUAUGCACUCCGUGUGAUGGUAUUCAUCUCCUGCACUUUUACCAGAUAGUGUUUGCACUCAAAAGCAUAUUUCAAAGGCUUAGUUUUGUGUCAUACUGAAAGAAAACUUCUGUAUGCUCCUGCUGGAAUAAAAUACGGUAUUACAGAUAA